AUGUCGGCCAGGGUCCGCGUGCGUGCGAGGUUGUCGGGUGCGGCAGGGAGUGACUUGAAGGACGAAAUCUUGAACGUGAAGGGGGCAAAGAUGCCCUUCGUCGGAGCGGUGCGCAUAGUGUGUGAGAGGAAGGGCGUGGAGCACGACAUCAUUGAGCACGCGAUGGCAUGGGUGGGCUGCCGGAACUCGUACUCGGCGGUGCCGCUGGGGGAGGGGCUGUUCGUGGUGUCGGGAGACCUGGCGGAGGCGGAGGUCAGAGACCUGCAGCUGAUGGCGGUGGCGCCCGGUCCUUCUCCGGAACAGCUGGCGAUGAUGGGCGCCCCGCCGAACUCCAAGGACAUCCAUGUCGGGACGGGGAGGGUGCCGCUGCGUGGCCUGCUGGAAGUGUCCUGCGGGGACGUCGGGAGCGUCGAAGAGGAUAAGCCCAGGAGCGCGCUGAUGAGCAUCGGGUACGACCCUGUCCAGCCCGACGUCGAGCUGAAGGUGCAGGCGGUGCCGCUGCCGGAGGGGAUGCGGGGGAGGUUCCGGGAGAUGAACCGGGCGGCGCUGCGGGCCUUUGGUGCGAUGGAGGAGACGCUCAUCCCCAUGGGCCAGGACCGCAUCCACCGCUACAACAUGCGGCAGAACCUGAUCUCACAACGCUUCUACGCGGAGCUGCUGCAGCGCGGGAUCAAGCGGCACCCGGAGGGGGUGAUGACCGGGUCGUUUGUGAGCAGCAUCGGGAACACGCUCGUGGAUCUGUUGACGAACAUGGAUGUGAUCAUGCAGGAGAAGAUCCGGCUCUCGAGGACGACGGCGCUCGACGCCUUUGGCAUCACCUCGUCCCUGUUCCGGAUGACGGGGCUGUCGUUCCACGACCGCAUCGACGCGAGGUCAGCGGCCGACUGCCUGGCCAACGUCGGCGGGCUGUUUGCCUCGGACUUCACCUACGCCAGCGACGUCAAGCCCGUAUUGGCGGAGAAGACGCCGCGGGACCUGAAGCCAAUCAUCGAGAGGGAGGAGGGGGAUGGUUACGUCAUCGAGGUGUACGAAGAUAGUGAAGAGCAGGAGAAGGUGCCCUCCUACGCGAUGAGCGAGGACAUCAUGGUGCCGUUCUCGGAUAUCUACCUGAGGUCUGCGCGGGCGGGGGAUGCUUUUGGAGCUUCUAUCGGAGCCAGGAUCAAGAAUCGCACCCCCGGGGAGUCGCUCUUCAACCACCUGGACAAGAAGCGCCGGGGCUACAUCGAGGGCCUGCGCCACGGGGACUGCGAGGACCUGGCUCACAUGGCGAUCCUUCAGUUCAGCUACAUGCGCCGCUUCUGCGUGAGGCUGAGUAGCAAGUGCGGGGUGAUCUACGACGAGUACCCCGACCUCGAACGCAUGGAGCCGGAGAAGUUCGCGGGUGUGGUGCUCGAGUCACUCCGCGGGCAGCCCGAGCUAAAGGAGUGGACGGACGACGAGCUCCGGGGCGUGCUGCGGCAGUGCGGGGAGUUUGGGGAGCACAUCCAUGACACCUCCAUGCGGGCGGUGCUGAUGACGGCCAAGGCGGCGAAGAUGUCGGCGUCGGGCAAGCCGAUGAACAUGCACCCCGCGGGCCACUGCGCGGCAAUGAUCGUCCGCGGGAAUUCGAGCGUCAAGAGUAUUCCGAGCAGCGCCGUCGUCUCCUCCUCUGCCGAAAACGACCAGAGCAGCUACGACCGCAUCCUGACGGAGCUGACGACGGCGGUAAGGAUCGAGAGCUUCGCGGGGCGGGGCGAGGUGGUUGGGCAGCCGAGUGCCUACGUGUCGCAGAAGAUCCAGGCGGCGGGAGGACCGCCCACCCCGCUGACGGAGGCUGCCUUCUACAAUCAGUGCACGAUGCUCAUGGCGCCGUCGCGGGAGAUGAAGCCCUGGAUGCACAUCGGGAAGCUGGACGGCAUCUUCUGGCACGUGGUGUCGACGAUCGGGGACACAAUACUGGUGAAGAACUCCGUCGCGGGGGUGCCGAUCUCCGAGGCGGUAAGCACCUCCGACCCCUCCCUGCGCGGUAUCAAAAUCGACUUUACGGAGGAGGAGAAAAAGGAGACCCUGCUGAUGGCGCGCUACGCGCUGCCCCCGAUCGAGAGCAGCACCGCCCUGAUCGGGAAGAAGCUCGACCGCCCUCUGGGACGCUGCCUCUACGGCCCUGACACCAUCCCGAUUAGCUAUGUCCUUGCUCCUAGUAAGGCCGCGGAGGUCGCCGCCUGGGUGGGGCAGAACCAGGCGCAGCGCUACCAGGUGACACUGGGCGGGAAGAUCAUCGCUGUUCACCAGAUGAACAAGUGCGCGAUGAAGGGACUGCGCGAGAGUCUGAUGAAGAAGGACAGGGAUGGGAGUGAGCGUCUCUGGAACUUCAGGGACGGGAAGCGGGAGGGGAGUUUGAGAGACAGGCACGCGCUGAAAAAGCGGUUGGGUGAGGGCCGGGAGGGAAGGGGCGGUGAGCACAGGGAGGGAGGGGGCGGACAGGAGUACGAGAGCGGGAGCGGUGUGAGUCCGACGAGGGCGGCGGCGAGCAUGGUUACUGUCUUCAUCUUCUAG